AUGAUUAAGGAUGAAGAUAAAGUAGAUGACGCGGGUGCAGAUGCAGAAGAUGAAGAUGGUGACGAUGAAGAUGAUGGAGAAGCUGGGGCUUCGCCGGAUGAAGCCUCUGUUGAUGAGCUUGAGCCAACCAAAGCAGCAGAAGAUGAUGGAAAAGCUGAUGCAGAAGAUGAGGGAGCAGCAGACGCGGAGGACGAAGCGGCGGCUGAUGCUGAAGAUGACGAGGCGCGGGCGGAGGAGGCCGGGGCGGAGGAGGCCGAGGCAGAAGAGCUAGAAGCAAAAGUAGACGAGCUAGCUCUAGAUGAACUUGAAGAGCGGCCACUGGAGUGA